AUGGCCGUGAAUACUCCCACCUUCGAAUUUACGGUGCUUGGGUGCUCAGGGGGGCCUGUAGCAGGGAAAACCUGCGCAUUUCUACUGAAGCCUUCGUCCAUAUCAUUCCAACAAGCUCUUGAGAAUGAGGUAGACUGCAUCUUGGCACUGGACGCUGGUGCAGGUAUUGAGACGAUCGCCGAAAUGAUUGCAGAUUGCCGAAAAAACACAGCUUCCGUUUCGUCUUACUUUAAUCAAUUAUACAGCAACACGGAGGAUCCGAGCUACUACAGCGACAACAGUGGACUGAUGGACACUGAGCCAUUUGAGGAUGUCUCAAAAAACUCUACCAAUUCCAGCCUCCAGCUUGCAAAAGGCAUACUCAAUCGCAUGGCUGCCUAUAUCAUAACUCAUCCCCACCUUGAUCACGUUUUGGGACUCGUGAUAAACUCACCCUGUUUCACGCAACAAACACAAAUCUAUGGAACUCAGCAAACAAUAGACAACUUGAAGAAUCACAUUUUUAACGACAAAGUCUGGCCAUCAUUAUCGUAUUUGUCCUUCAAUUAUUUGCAACCUUACACUGAAAAUCUCAAUAUUACAGAAUCUAUCGCUGUGGAAACAUUCCAGGUGAGCCAUGGGAUAACGCCACCCACCGAGGUGUAUAAGAGCUCAGCGUUUCUAUUCACAGAGACAAACGAUAAGGGGAAGCUGCUUUUUUUCGGUGACGUAGAGAGUGACUUAUCGUCAAACACCAGAUAUAAUCAACAGAUUUGGUUAAAAGUUGCCGAUUACAUACUCGCGAAAGAACUCAAAGCCAUUGUGAUUGAAUGCUCGUCCGUGGACAAAAAACCGGGACAGCCUCUUUUCGGCCACAUGACGCCGACCAAUUUGAUCAGCGAACUGCUAAAUCUACGAAAUAUCUGUCUUGAGAAGGAAAAAGCUACCACACACCCCUUAGGCGGUCUCAAUGUGCUUAUAAUACACGUCAAGGAAACAUUCGACAAUCUUGGUGACCCUCGGAAGCAGGUACUUGAGAGUCUAAGAGGAUUGAACCAGAUACAUGAUUUGCGGAUAAAAUUCACUAUUUGUAUGCCCGGGAUAAGUUAUUUCAUAUAA